CGGCCAGCCCGCAGCAUGCCGCGCCGCGCCGGGGGAGGCAGGUGACAUUGCUGGGGGCAGCCUCGAGCGCGGGGAGCCGCCCCCCGGAGACCGCGGCCGCGCCCCGGCCCCGAAAUAUGAUCCGGGGCGCUUGGAUGUAUCCACGAGCAGACGCUGACGCGGCGGUGAGGGUGUGCUGCGCGCCCCGGCACCACGACAAGCCCUGCGCCGACUCCGAGCGGGCCCAGAAAUGGCGAAUGUCCCUCGCCUCCCUCCUCUUCUUCACCGUGCUCCUGGCUGACCAUCUGUGGCUCUGUGCCGGCGCCAAGCUGCGGGCCAAGGAGAGGAGCCUCAUGCGGGUGGCCGCGGCCGGGGCCCCGCUCCUGCUGCCCGGGGCCCGGCAGGCGCAGGAGGGCCGCUGCGAGCUGCUCCUCAGCAACCUGACCAAAUGGGCUGCGCCCGUCCCCCAUUGCACUGGUGCCCGGGGCCGCCUCGACCUGGACUCGGCUUGCGCCACCCUCAAUUCUUUGCAACGACUCUUGGGCUCUUUCCCUGCCGCCCCUUUCAGGCCCCCUCCCUCCUCCUCCUCCUCCUCCUCCAAAAGGAACUUCUUACAGGCUUAUUUUAGGAACUUCAACCUCUCCUUUUGUGAUACUUACACGAUCUGGGACCUGCUGCUGGGCAUGGCCGGCCAGGACAGCUUGGAUUGCAGUUUGGACAACCUGAUGGUGGAUUUUGUGGCUGCUGCGGCCGGGGCCCUGGACGGGGAGGCGUGUAGCAGCUGCGUGCAGGCGUAUCAGAUGCUGGACCAACACGCUCAGGAAAAAUACGAGGAGUUUGACCUCUUGCUGGAGAAAUACUUGCAGGCGGAGGAGUAUUCUGUGCGAUCCUGUCUAAGAGACUGCAAGGCUGUCUACAAGGCCUGGCUCUGCUCCGAGUUUUUCAAUGUGACACAACAGCAGUGCCAACACCGGAUUCCAUGCAAGCAAUACUGCCUGGAGGUGCAGACCAGGUGCCCCUUUGUGUUACCUGACAAUGAUGAGCUGAUCUAUGGAGGGUUGCCUGGCUUCAUCUGUACGGGGUUGCUAGAGAACCAAUUAUCCAAUGAGGAAGCAAAGUGCUGCGAUGUGCAAUGGGACUCCUGUGACCACCCACCAGACAGCAACUACAACACAUCCCCCAAAUCCACGGAGUCAGAGUCGCUCCAUUACCACCGCCACGACCCCCACCUUCAUCACCAGCAGCAGCAUCACUAUCACCUCUACCACCAUCACCACCAUCAGUACCACCAACCCCACCCACCAUCUUUGCUGCCAGUGUCUGCAGGGUCUCGCCUCAGCAACAGCAAAAUCAGACUAUGCGUCCUGGUCCUUAUGCUUCUCCACACCAUGGUGUCCUUCUCAAGCGUGCACAGCAGUGGGGGGGCUGCCAGCAGGGGGCUGAGUUUGGAGGCCCUGCCUGCCAUGGAUGAGAGCAUAACAAGAGAUGAGUGACCCAGAGGGAAAAGGAGACCUCCAAGAAGAAUGCCGGAUCUUUUCCCACUAAGGGGGGCACAUGCUAUUCCUCCAAUGGGAGGCAGAGGAUUGGGGGUGACAUGCGCACACACACCCUCAUCCACCCCCCAAGAGCUGCUCGCCGCGGGGCAUCCCCGUGAUGAAGAGGCUCUAAUGCGCACAGGGCUGCGGGACUCAGCUUUGAGAAGGGUUCGGUUAGCAGCAGCCUGUCAGUGAUGUGCAUCCUGCCUCGUAGAGGCACUGGGAGCUAGCGCAAAGGAGGUAUGGCAAGGGGAAAGGGACUGGGAAGGGAGAAGGGUCCUUUUGGAAUGCUGGCAGUCUCCCUGCCACCUGAGAGGUGUUUCAUGAGGCACCCAGGCUUUACCCACCCACUGGAUACUUUGGUGCAAAGCAAAGAAGAAACUGGUUUCUCUAGGAUUCCUUUUUCUCCUCAGCUUUUAAGGUUCAUUAUCCUCUGUUCCCAAAGCUUCUAGGGUGAUGUAUGCAGUAACAGCUCCCCAAACACUUGCAUCUCACCCCAAAACAAAUACAAGUUAAUUCUCAACCACCCCUCCUCCCAACCACAUUUUUUCUGUGGGACAGUUUUGGGUCCUUAAUGUGCCAUUCCUCUGUCUGGGCAGCCCUGGUGUGUAAGGCUCACUCUGUUGCCUACAGAUAGGAUCCAUUGCUAAAGCUCAGUUCCUGGGCUGUAGGUGGAUUACGCUGCACUGUGUGCACCAUUCGUGAUUCACCUAAUUAGCUUUCUUACCUCAGUCAACCCUCCUUCUGUGCCUGACCCUGUCCCCCUCUUGCCCUAAUAUUCUGAGCAUGAAGAAAGUCCCCUGUGGAUGUUGCCAGAGGUGGUGGGGAGGGAUGAGGCAUUGUAUGGAACAGGACACAGUAUCCUCAGGCUUCCUAGUGUUGCACUUUGCUGCUUUUUUUCCUCUUGUUUGACCCUGAAGAGGGCAGCACAGGCCACCUGUUUGGUGCAUAAGCUGAUGGAGACUUGUGUCAGGUCCCAGUGGGCAGCUGUCCACAGUGGGUGGCACUGCGAUUGCAUUCAUUUGCAGUGGGGUCAAGGCUAGUAAUGACUAGAUAAAAGGCCAGAAGCAGCUUUCUUACAAGUUUCCCGCUUACAAACUCCUACAUGAUAUGGGGCAGGGAUUGGAGAAAUCCAGUCCAUAGAGAAUAGGUCUCUCACACAGAGCAUCAUCUGCUAAAAAAGCACAGGUAUGGGAGACUGCGCCCAGCACUUCCUACCCACAGAUAACCCUAGAGCAGCCGAUUCUGGGAGUCCUGCUCAGUCAGCACAACUCAGCCUGGGUUGCAGUUUGGGAUAUUGGGCAGCCCCAUUCUUUGUCCCUUCCUAGCUGGGAGUUCCUGUAGGUUUGCUUCAGAUUUGCUGGGUUUUGCCCUAGACCUGAACUAGAAUAGAGUAGGGCCCAUCUCCAGAGUGGUUCUUUUCAUGCUAUAUAGUAGUGUUCCUGUAACAAGCUGAUGCAAGAGUGAAUAACAUUAGGAAGGAAUAUGUGGGGGCCUGGGUGGAAACAGAAAGAUAAAUGAAUCAGGGUUGAAAGAAGGUCAGGGCCCAACAUGAAUGAGACCAAAUCUCCCUCUGAAAGGGGAGCUCACCACUUAACACUGGGAAUGUGAAGCAGAAAAUCAUUCUGUAUUCAGUUACAUGCUGUCUUUCUCUCUAGGUCGCAGUGACCUGGAGGGUUUUAGUACGUAUCUAAAAUGGUUCAUUUACAGCAGAAGCAAAAGUUUAAAGCCUUUCAACUGGUUCUAGAUCCCACUCAGCUACCAUGUACCAUACUGCAGUUUACCAUGUUUAGUGGCCCAGUGGAUUUUAACCUUCAGAUGAAGCAACCCAACUAAAAUCGGAAUCAGAUUGAAUCUUCUGCCAAGCCCAGACUUCUGUGAGGGUCAGAGAAAUGCUUAACACUCAGGAUUUCUAAUCUUUUUGUAUGUCCUGGGUUCUGCUGGAUUGAAGCAGAAAUAAACAAAAUGCUGAGAGAAAAGCUACUUCGUAUCUGGCUAGAAGAAGGAAAUACUAGAAAUUGCAUGGAAAGGCCUGAUUUUUCUGACAUUUUCAGCCCAUUUCUAGACCAAGGAGGCUCUAAAAAGCAGCUGAACAUUUGGACUCUUAUUUGACUUGAGUCUCAGAUUUCUUGCAUGAUUUCAAAUAUUAUAAGUUUUUAUGUGUUACCAAUCCUGAAAGUAUCCAGCCUGUGAACACAGUUUCCCCACUGGUUAUCAGGCACUAUGUCAUAAAGCUAACAUAACUACUUUUCUGGGCAGGUGAAGGGGGCUGAAGAACAGAUUCGAUUGUCAUUGGAAUCCACAGUAGGUAGGGCAGGCUUAGAUUAGAUAUCUGCAAUGACAUAUAAGUAUUUGCACAUUGGUGUACUCUGAUCUGAGAAUUAGUAUGUGCAGCAAGUUGGCAAGUCUGCACUGGACAUCUUUGUUUGCUUUGGUAUUUGAAACAAGGCUAUAUGGCUGCUGUGAUGAAUAACUAGGGCAGACAGAUCAGCCACAGGAAGCAGUAGAGCCACAUUGCUGUCUCAGGACAAAAGACUCCAAUUCAUGUCUAAGGAAAGUAGGCUUUUCUUACCAGAUAGUUACCAGAUUCCCAGUGCAUGCUGCAGGGAUGGGAUGAGUGCAGUUUUUUAAUGAUAAAAUGGGACAGGGCAGAGUAGGUCAGUAUAGUAUAUCAGCCCUGGCCCUGAGCCACCAAACUUGCUCUUUGUUUGUUCUGAGUUGUGUCAGGGCAGACAGAGCAGCAUUCUGGCUAUGGUUCAGUUACUGGUAACUUAGCAUAGUGACCUCUUUUUUUUUUAUUAUAUUUUUUAUGCAUGAGGGGCCUCUUCAUGCAGGAAGCAGCAAACAGCAAUCUUCUUGAAUCUUUUUUACAUAAAGGGAGGGUAAAGGAACCUGAAUACAUGUUGAAGUAAUUAUGCCUACUGAAGCACUCACAGCACUAUCAGAACAGUGGAAAAGGGUAUAAGGAUAAACGAGACUCAGGAAUCUUAGAUAUGUCGUAUGAUAACAGGAUUCCAUGUAAUGACACAAGGUGAGUUUUUGUGCAGUCGUGUAUAUUAUGUGAUCCAGUUGCAGACCCCCCUAUUUGGGGUACAUGGCCCAUCAUAGCCUGAAGGUCCAACCUGAAGUUGAGGAGAGAGAGAAUUUGAUAGAGGCUGCCGGCAUUUUUUGGGACAGGCCUUUAUUAGAUCCAAGCUCAGAGCUCUAGAACUGAGAAUAGAGUAGGUAGUGUUUUGUGGCCAUGAGAUGGGCACAAGGAAGCUGUGGAGGACUUUGCUGGAACAGAUUCUGCACUUCAGGACAUGUAGUUGCCACAUGAAGUAUCAGAGGAUAAGCUUUACCCCUUCCCCAAAGACAAAAAAGGUACCUGUUUCAGGAUGCCUAUAACCUAACCAUUGUCCUUUUGUCAUUUGCUCUAUUCCUUCCACAUAUCACUAUACCUGACACAAGAGUGCUUUCUAGCUUCAAGAUGGCAAAGCUGUGGUGAGACGUGCUAUCCCAUGUGAGAACAGAAUGGGAUGCUAUUCUCCAGGAUUCCUGCUUUGAUUUCCGUCCCAGUCUAAAUCAGAGCCUAGUCCUGCAGAGAAACCCACUUUUUCAGAGAAGUGGGGCAGGGGGCACACUGCAAUGUGAGUGGUCAGCCUUCUCAUUCUUUCAGUUUCAGGAUGUACAAACACUCCUUCCUUAUUUGGUAGGUAGUAAUGAACUGCUUGUCUGGAGUGGAUGGGUCACUAACUACAUCCCAGCAAGUUAUUUGAGAGCAGUGGGAGCAGAUUGGGGUGAAGCUCUUUUGAAAAUCUGGGCCUAACUAUAGCUAGAGACAAAAUUGCAGGAACAUGAAACUACCAUGUGUAGGUGAGCAGUUUUACUGAGCUGAAUGCUAGGUAACUACAUGAUAAAUAAAGAAGCUUUAUAGGAUAGUUCUGCUGUGGAAUUAUAAUAGGAUCCAAAUAUUUGUCCAAUUUACAGCCUCCUGUAAGAUUCGUAAGUCAGAGCCUAUUAUUAAGUCAACAUGCAGGCCAUCCCAUGUGCCUGGCAUAAAGGAUGGUGUGAUUUAAGCCUGGUGCAGAAUCGUUAUUGGCAUAACGGAGUCAGGACUGUCCGUUGUACUUAGUGUGAUUGGGAGAACAGACUUUGGAAUGCAUUCUUCUAUCUAACAAGUCUAGCCUGUCAUCAGGAAAUUCUGCAGGGUAAGGGCAAUAUAUGCUGUAUUCAAAACUUUGCCAGUCUAGUUAAAUGAAUCCAGUGUGAGCUGUUUUCAGGACAGAAUUGAGCAGCUGGAAGGUAUGUUUAUUACACUCCAUCAUUAUAAAACAGGCUGAUAACAUUUUCUCUUUGUUUUGGUAUUACCAUCAUCAGGAACCUUUGUCUGUGCUAAUUUUCUCUCUAACGGGAAUAGAUGCAUCCUCUCAGCAGAAGUCUAGAGAGGAGACCUGUAAUCUUACCCUAGUAAAGCCUACCUACAUCAUUUUCAUUAUAACAAUGCUGUCUAUAGCCCUGGAAUUUAGUCUGUAAGACAAGCAUGUGGAUCUCUACAGAAUGCAUUCAUAUACAUCCUUCCGCAGUAGGACUGAACAUGGACUUCAAAGGCAGGGUCACUUCCGCAAGCAGAUUACAACACUGCUAAGUCCAUUGGAAUGGACUUCCUUUGCUAUGAGUGCAGAACCUAGGGGCUGUUUAUUUACCUUUUUGAUCCAGUGUCUUGGACUCUCUACCCAGAAAGAGACUUCAAACACUGGUAUCAAUGUGUAAAAUCAACUUUUCCCCUUCAGUGACCAAACAAUCUCUUCUCCACUGAGAAAGAACCUGUUUCCACAGCAGUAAUGUCUUGCUGACCUUCUGGUACCAAGAGCUUCCUCUUCCCUGCAGUGUCUGUCCGGGUCAGUGUGAGGAGCUCUUAGCUAGGAUGUUUUUACCGUGCUAAAGAAUAUAGAGUGCUUAGUGGACAGUUAUUCACACUACAUGGCCUCCACCACAUAGUUUGACAUAGUUGCCAGGCUCUACUUAGGAGACACUCAGGCCUGAAACAGCAGAAGAGCAUGGUAGGUCAGACUGGGUGGGGAGAAAGGUGCUGAGAGAGCUGUGAGGUGGAAGCUACUUAUUUGCUCCCUGACCUGGGUAUUUGUUUUGUGGUGUGUACUUUAAAGUAAGUACAAAUUGUAUAACUUCUCUAAAAAUAAGGGAAGGAACUUCUCCUUCCACUUUCCCAAAAAAGGCUGUGUCUUCCAGUGGGAAUUAAUCACUAGUUGAACCUCUUUCCUCUGAAAAUACAAAUUUACUGCAGCCCCCAGCAAAAAGUUCCCAUGAAGACCUCUCUGUCCAGGCUCUGCUCUGGGUAAAUCAUUCUGAAGGAGUCUGACAACUACAGCAGACCAUGUUGAAUAACUUGGCAACAUUCGGAAAGCA